GAGGAUAUCUCAACAUCAGGGUGCAGCAUAUUGAAUCCUGAACAGGAUCUACCUGAAAGAAUAAGUCAGAAACUGGAAUUCCCCAGAAUGGAAUUUCUCAGCCUUGGAAAUUACCUCCUGAAUAAUUUUGAGUUUGAAAGUUCCCAAAUAUAAGUUUUUCAGUCUUAUAGAAAGAAUAUUUUCUCUACAUUGGGCCACCUGAAGAAGGAAGAGAAUUCCCAAUAGUUGCUGAAACAACCCAGUGGAAGCAAGCAGCACCUCAACCAGUUUCUUAGAAAGUGUAGUGAGCACAAAAGCCAGACAUCAUGUCAUGCUAUGGGAGGUACGGAGGAGAGACCAAAGUAUAUGUUGGCAACCUAGAAACUGGUGCUGGCAAAGGAGAAUUAGAAAGAGCUUUUAGUUAUUAUGGUCCCUUAAGAACCGUAUGGAUUGCCAGAAAUCCUCCAGGAUUUGCCUUUGUGGAGUUUGAAGAUCCAAGAGAUGCAGAAGAUGCAGUUCAAGGACUAGAUGGAAAGGUGAUUUGUGGUUCUCGUGUAAGAGUCGAAUUGUCAACAGGCCUUCCUCGAAGAUCUCGGUAUGAUAGACCACCUGCACGCUGCCCAUUCGAUCCUAAUGACAGAUGUUAUGAGUGUGGUGAGAAAGGUCAUUAUGCUUAUGAUUGUCACCGGUACAGCCGUCGAAGGAGAAGUAGAUCACGCUCUAGAUCUCACUCAAGAUCCAGAGGAAGGAGAUAUUCUCGCUCACGAAGCAGAAGCCGUGGAAGGAGGUCAAGAUCUGCAUCUCCUCGAAGACCAAGAUCUGCAUCUCUGCGUAGAUCUCGAUCUCCUUCAAUCCAAUCUCGAUCUGGUUCUUUGAAAAGAUCAAGAUCAUCCCGUUCAAGAUCCAGAUCCAGAUCCAGAUCUCUUUCAAGACCUAGGAGCAGCCGAUCAAAGUCCAGGUCACCAUCUCCAAAGAGAAGCCACUCUCCUUCUGGAAGUCCUCGCAGGAGUGCAAGUCCUGAAAGAAUGGACUAAAAUGGGGGAGGGGGGAAACCUUUUAGGAAAAAAAGUUAUUUUGUUUACUAUAAGAGAUUUUGUGAUGUCUAUUCAUUUUAAAUGUUACCUAAAAGGGUAUUUGAAUCAUCUAAUAAUCAGAAUGGAUCUGGAUGUUUUAAGAGCUUUAUAAACCUACAUCAGCAAAGUAGUAUUAAUUAUUCACUCACAUACAUACACACACACACACUUAUACAUACACAUACACACUCUCUCUCUCUCUCUCUCUCUCUCUCUUUGAUCUGAAGAUGUAGGAAUUUUCUUGUUGGCACAUUAAGAAUAAAACUUUCUAACUAGAGUGCUGAUUUGUGAUCACUACUGUUAACAUGUAGCUUGGGCAAGUCUCAAAUCUAGAGAGCUUGUUAGGCCUAUUCAGGGUGAGUAGCUAGAUGUGAUAGGUGAUAAAAAUGGUCAUGUUGGUACAUUAAUGAAAUCUUUCACACAUUGAAAACAUAUUUUCCUACUAUAUAUAUUUGAAAGUAGUUUUAGAAAGUUAAAAGAAUCUUAAUUUUUUCUAAUUGCCUGCCAUAAUCUGUAUCUUAAAUUCUUGUUACUACAAUGUUAAAUGCCCCUUGCAGUUAUCAUCACCAGGGGACUAUGAUUGUUAAGACUAAGAUGGCAUGAUAAUUACAGAACAUAAAGUAAAUUUGGGGUAAUGCUGAAGAGUCCAUGACAAGUAAUACCCAAUAGCACAAAUCUGAAUUCUGGAUAGAUUGUAUAAUAUAGCAGCAAAUGUUUAUACAAUCGGAACAUUAUUAGAUGUGUUCAUCAGGUGAAGUGGUACUAAGGAGUGUUUUUCAAAAGUAACUAUUUGGAGACCAUUAGCCCAGGACUGCAAUUUUUUUUUUUAAGUUUUUGGGUGGGGGUGGAGGGUGAUUUGGUCUUUUUUUUUUUUUUUUUUUUUUUUUUUGUAAUAUGUACAUUUUAGUAAUAUGUUAAAUUUUUUGAAGUUGGCCAAAAAUGAGGGUAUGUUUUAAGAUUUGAUUGGGUUGAGGACUAAGUGUAAACCAUCUUUGCAAAAUGGUUCUUUUUCCGGGUUAAGCACUUUUCAUCUCUCACAUCUAUUUUUGUAUUAAUUUUAUCCCUUCCUACCAAAAAGGGAGAUUUUGGAAGGCCAGUGCAGAGUAUUUAGAUAUAUUAUUAAUUCUAGAACAAAUAAAAACAUGGUUCGUACACAACAGUACAUUUACUUUGUUAACAUUUGAGUUGCCUCUUGGAUCACUAAAAGAACUUAAAUUUUUCAUAGAAUCCAAUAAUGUUCCCCAAAACUUGAAUAUAUGUUAUCCAAAUAUCCUGUCACCAAAAGGCACAUGUGAUAUCUCUCUUUGAAAAUACUUAUUUGCCAGUUCAAGUUUUGGUACAAAAAUUGUAACUUUUGAAGACCGUGAUUUUCCAGUGUACAUGAUACUGAUAUCUGCCAUAAGUUUUAAAUAUAGCAGGUAGCAGGUCAACAAUUUAAGUUUCUUAGUUCAUUUUUUCAAAUGCCUUAACAUACCUAAGAAUUUUUCUUUAACAUGCUAAAAUUAUUUUAGAGAACAUUUUUGUUUGAGAAUUUGAAUAUUGAAUGAAGACUGUGAUUUGCUAUGGAAACCACUUGGAAUGUACUGGUUUUUCUGUUGUACUGGUUUAUCUGUUGUAUUUUAUAAGUUUAAUUGUUCUGUAGUAUAUUAAAGCAAAUUUGCUCUAUAAUAAGUGUGCAGAAAUUUAAAAAAAAAAAAAAAAGAGGAGGAGGAAGAGGACUAUCAAAAUCCCUGCAACUGGAAGAUUGGAACCAUGUCAUAGGUGGGUGCAUAAGAGAUUGCCAACCCUGUAUCCUAGUCCUAUAAGUUAACUUAAACAGUGAAGGUCCAAGGUACAUGGUGCAUAUUUGUUCAGUAGUCCCCAAAGUAUAUAAAACCUUCAAGAAAAUCUAGUGGAUUAUUUGAGUACUUUAUGUUUCUUUAAUUGUUUGUGGAUGCCUGAGUUCUUUAUGUCUUAUACAUUUUCUAUGGUGAGUGAAAUAAAGGCUUCUUUAUACCCA